GGACGGGCGCCAUGGCCUCCCCGCCGGAGGACGAGGGGCUGCGGGGCUGUGAGCGGUACGCGCAGCGGCACGGCCUGCAGCAGGCGCUGCGGGACUGCGUGGUGCGCCUGUGCGUGGCCCGGCCCGGCCGGCCCCUGCGCUUCCUGCGCGAGCACUUCCAGGCGCUGGAGGAGGAGGAGAACAGACAGGUUCUGGCUCAGAAGUCGUUGGCCCAGGCGGACGCGCAGGAUGAGGAGGCCUCGCCGACGCUGCCGAACCCGGCGGGGAAUGCCCGCUGCCGGCGCGGGGGCGUGAGCGCCGAGGUGUACACGGAGGAGGACGCCGCGUCCUACGUGCGGAAGGUCAUCCCCAAGGACUACAAGACGAUGACGGCGCUGGCCAAGGCCAUCUCCAGGAACGUGCUGUUCGCCCACCUGGACGACAACGAGAGGAGCGACAUAUUCGACGCCAUGUUCCCCGUUACGCACAUCGCCGGCGAGACCGUCAUCCAGCAAGGGGACGAAGGUGAUAACUUCUACGUCGUUGACCAGGGGGAAGCGGACGUGUACGUGAACGGGGAGUGGGUGACCGGCAUCAGCGAGGGCGGCAGCUUUGGGGAGCUGGCACUCAUCUACGGCACCCCCCGGGCGGCCACCGUGAAGGCCAAGACCGACCUCAAGCUCUGGGGCAUCGACCGUGACAGCUACCGCCGCAUCCUCAUGGGCAGCACGCUGCGGAAGCGCAAGAUGUACGAGGAGUUCCUCAGCAAGGUCUCCAUCCUCGAGUCCCUGGAGAAGUGGGAGCGCCUGACGGUGGCCGACGCCCUGGAGCCCGUGCAGUUUGAGGACGGAGAGAAGAUCGUGGUGCAGGGCGAGCCCGGCGACGACUUCUUCAUCAUCACGGAGGGCACGGCCUCCGUGCUGCAGCGCCGGGCCCCGAGCGAGGAGUACGUGGAGGUGGGGCGCCUCGGGCCCUCCGACUACUUCGGAGAGAUCGCACUGCUGCUGAACCGGCCCCGGGCGGCUACCGUCCUGGCCCGCGGGCCCCUCAAGUGCGUGAAGCUGGACCGGCCCCGCUUCGAGCGUGUGCUGGGGCCCUGCUCCGACAUCCUCCAGCGCAACAUCCAGCGCUACAACAGCUUCAUCUCCCUCACCGUCUGAGCCCCUCUCCGCUUCCCGCGGGCUCCUGUGCAGGCCGAGGGCUGGGUCCACAGCCUGGGCGCCGCCCCUCCCGGCCGUGUGGAAGGGAACAGUCACCGUGCAUUGUAAACAAGGGCGCAGGGGCCCCAGCCUGAGGGCGUCGCUGCCCUCCCCACACACCCAUCCUCCACGCCCUGGCUCAGCGGGGGGACCCCACCCUCCCUGAGUCUCCUGGGGGACGCUGAAGCGUGCUCACCCCGUGGCGGGAGGGGGGGGCCCGGCCACCUCUGACCCAGGUCAUCGGGUCUGACGUGGGCAGCAGUGUCCACGCCGUGCCCCAUGGCCUGGGGCUCCGAGCAGGAAUUGAGGCUAAGGAAAGCGAGGGCCCAGCCCCCUAGACGUCCAGGUCAUGGGCACCUCAGAAGGAGGAGCCCACUCUUACUAGUUUUGGCGCAGUGACCCCCACGGCGGGUGCAGGAAAGUUCUGGUGGGUCCGGGACACUCCCAGGUGCCAGUGGCUCUGCGGUCACCCGGCCGGGCCACGACGCCCAGGACGGAGGAAACCUUGCGAGUGUGGAACUUGCCGAGCCGGGAGCCGGGCCGAGCCAGUGUGCAAAGCCGCUCCUGGGAGACCGAGGGGGGAUCCCGGAUGGCUUGGAGGACGUUGUCAGAACCACGUCCCGUGUGGCGGGGCCUCGCCCUGCACAGUCCCUCCCCUGAGCUGGGGCCCCGGCCCCACACCCCCAGGCACCGUCUCAGACAUCCUCCCAAGUGCAUUUUCAAUCCUACAGUCCCCGAGCCCGCUCGGCCACACAGGCUGCGCGGCGCCCCCGGUGGCCCUGGGACACGGGACAGCUGAGAGAACGACGGGCCGUGGUGUGGGUGAUGGCGUGUCCCCGCGUGUGUACCUGUGUUCUGUGCUGCAUGUGCCAUUAAACGAGUGAUGAAGCCCC